UCCUCCUCCUGCACUUGAGCAGUUUAAAGAAGACUGUUCUCUGCCUUCUCUUCAGUUAGUACCAUGGCUCCUUAUUUCAUCUUGCAGUGGAUCCUAUUGGUCCUAUUUACAGGUCUCUCAGUAUCAGGCUCUCCAGUGAGAGGAGCGGUGGGUCAGAAUGUCACUUUGCCCUGUAAAUACCGAGUUAACCACCAAAAUGACGUCACAACAAUGUGCUGGGGCCGGGGCAGCUGUCCUUCUUCUCAGUGUUCUCAGACAAUUCUCUGGACAGAUGGACGGAGGGUAACAGAGCGUCAGUCCAGCAGAUACCGGUUAGAAGGGAAUCUCGCUCAGGGGGAUGUAUCCCUCACCAUAGUGAAUGCAGCAGAAGCAGACGGAGGGAUGUACUGCUGUCGUGUGGAGAUCCCUGGUUGGUUCAAUGAUCAGCUGAACAAUCUGGAAGUUGUGAUUGAGAAAGCUAGGACCUCCACUGCAGACCCUCACCCUUACACACCAGAACACACCUCAGCUGCUGCGAAUGCCAGUGACACAUCUUCCGCCAUCACCCCACAAUGGCCAUUGGUUUUGAGUUCAGAAGCCUCUGAGGAUGUUUCAGUACAGACUAUGCUGACAUCAAUCCAUCAGCAAAUGGAGCCAGAAUCCACACGGGCAGGGGUGCAUGUUGGAAUCAGCAUUUUUGUGGUACUUCUAGUCAUCCUGGUUUUGGCCCUAAUUAUAUCCAAAAGGUAUUUCCCCAACAGACAGAAGCUGAAGACUUUGGCAAGCUCAGUCUCAUUUUCCAACCCAGAACAUGGAGGCCUCCAGAGCACGUUGGAAGCUGGGGACCAUGCAGAAGAGAAUAUUUAUACGAUGAGCUCACAGGGUGUGUCUGACAUGAUAGUGAGAGCGAAGGUGGGGCAGUCCAUCAAGCUACCCUGCACCUACAGCGUUAGUCAAGAGCGUGACCUCAAUGUCAUGUGCUGGGGCCGGGGGAUCUGUCCGUCAUCUAAAUGCAGCAGUGAAAUUGUUCGCACUGAUGGGCAGAAGGUGAUAUCUAAACAGUCUGGCAGAUACCAACUAAAGGGUCCUAUCACCAGAGGGGAUGUGUCUCUGACUAUAAGCAAUGUGGACCACAAAGACAGAGGGGAUUACUGCUGCCGCAUAGAGAUCCCUGGAUGGUUCAACGAUAUAAAACGAAACCUGCAUUUGCAUAUUUACAGAGCACCCACUACUCCCGCAAAGACAACCACAACUGCCCUCCCAACACCCACUACUCCGCCCCUGAUAACCACUGUUGCACUCCCAACACCCACUACUCCCGCAACAACAACCACAACUGCACUCCCAACAACCUUUCCUUCCCUGACAACCAUUUUCCAGACAGCUUCUGUGUGCAUUGAAGAUGACGAUUCCAAUUUUUUCACAACAGAACAUGGUCUCCCUACUGCAGAAUCACCAACUACAGUUCUGAUCUCCGAGAGGACUGAAAAUGUCGAUUCUGCUUUCAUUACAGAAGGUGUUGUUCUCAGUACAGGGACAGUUCCCCUGGUUACAGUCCAGACAACCCCUGAGGGGAGUGAAGUGAAUGCUAUUUCUGACGCUACAUUUCCCUUGACAUCUGCAGGAGGCUCGGUGAAAGAGGGACUCGAUGAAGAGACUUCAACAGAUUCAAAACUCCGGUCAGAGAAAAGUGUAGAUAAUCCAACACAGCACCUACAGAAUGAAAUUCCAACAGUAAUCAUCAGUGUGGUAGUGACAGUCAUUCUUCUCUUCACAUUCCUGCUCAUAAUGUUCUUGACAUAUAAACGCUCGGGGAAGUAUCAACUGCAUAUGAUAAAAAGCUCAGACUUAUCUGGAGAACAAAUUCCCAAUGGAGUGGAAGAAGAGAAUACCCUUUUCACUCUGCAGCAGAUACCUGACAGCCAUUCAUUAUCACAGGGAACAUGUCACGAUCCUGUGGAAUCCAGCAUCUAAACGAGGCUUUUUCAUGCUAGGCUGGAAAAUAAGGAUUAAUUCCUUGCUAACCCUGGAAAUAAUGAUGGGUACAAACCAAAACCCAGAUCCAAACACCUGAACUGUGGGGAGUUUAAAACCUAGAAGCAGAUUUUACUCAAAGGUUUUUAAGCAUUUAACUUCCAGGGGAUCCCCUGAGGAUCUGGGCCUUUUCCUCUUGAGCCAUGUGUAAAACUUCUGGAUAAAGUGGCCUCUGUUAGAAGAUAUUUUACCCAUUGCUUGCAUCGCAGAAUUCUUAGUCUCUUAAACCCCAGCCCUGGAACUGCUUGCUUAUGAGUAACUUCAAAGCACAUAAGUAAUCUUGCUGAAGUCAACUGGACUACACAUAUCCUUAAGAUCUGAGCCUUAUUUAUCAGUAACAGCAGGAGCGCAGGAACAAUUUGUAUCGUGAGGGUGCUCAGAGCCAUUGAACCAAGCUGUAAACCCUGUAUGUGAUGGAAA